GGGAGCUGGUGGGCAGGCGCUUUGUGGCUGUCCCCGCCUUCUCCCCCAUUCCAGGAUGGGUAGGGAAGGGGCUGGCCUCUGGUAAGGGCGGAGGCUGAUAGCUGGAGAGCCUGGGCUUUGGGACUCCAGGCCGAGGCCAAGGCCAAGGCCAAGAUCGCCAAGAGUGAGGGAGGCAUGCGGGGCGGGGGGGCAGGGGAGAGGGCCCGGGAAGCCCGGGAGGCUGUGGCCGAGUGCAGGGCGGCGUACGAAGCGCUCAACAGGUUCACCGCGAGCUACAGGCAGUUGGUCCUGGGAGUGGGCAGCUCGGCGGACGGGAGGAGGCUGCGCCGGGCUCUGGAGGAGAGCGGUCGCAGGGGCUUCGAGCUCAGUUUAGGCCUCCGGAACCAGCUUUUGGCCGAGUUCACAGAACCGGGAACCAGGCAGGAGGAGGUGAAGAUGGAGCUGGAGCGGAUCUGGGUGCUAUGUCUGUCUGCCCUGGAGAUUUUCCUGCAGGAUCUGGGUCGGGCCCAUGACCUCAGCCAGCUCUUCCCCAUGCCUUCUCCAGCUCCAGGGAUCCAGUUGGUUAAUACUGGAGUCACAUCCUUUGGGCCUAAGGGAUGGAGCCUGAGAAGGCCCAGUGGGAAGGCCUCUGAAAGGGCUGGGGAGCUGCCUGAGGAGCUGGCCCAGUGGGGGCAACGCCUGGAAGAGAUGCUUUUGGAGAUGGAGACCAAGGUCAAUGUACCAGUGUGGAGUGUUGAGGCCACAGUGGGUGGUCCUGGAGCAGAAGAACCAAGCCCAGAGGGCUCAGCUAGGAGGAGUCCUCCGGGCUGCUGUGCCCAGGCUCCCCCUGGGCUUCAAUGGCAUUGUAUAGUGGCAUGAAGGAGCCUGGCUCUAGUGAAGGGGCAUCUCUCCCCUUUCCCUUGAGAGGUCAGUAGAUGUCAGUCUUCUACAUCAGGGGAACCACUUUCAAUGUACUUUCCUUCCCAGUUCAAAUCCCAUGGCCAUCAGGAUGUAUGGCAACCAGGGGGCAUUAGAAAGAUCUCUUAAGCCCAAGGGAAAGGGCUGAGGUGCAGCUACAAAUAUAAAACAGCUGGGAGGCAGGAUAAUGAUGAAAGAGCAUAAAAACUACACAGUAAAAGACCCAGGUUCUGGGUCCAUUGAUUUAACUAUGUUUGGUUUUCCCUUUCCCCAUCAGUGGUAUAGACCGGCUGAUCCAGUUCCAGGAUUCCUUCUAGUUCAAAACAUUUCAUGGCCUAUGUUCUAAUGUACCAUCUAGCUCUGACAUUAUGAAUGUGUUUGCUUGAGACCAGCCCAGACCCUUGGGAAUUGUCUCCUCUAGGACUACAUUUGGUUUACAGCUCACCAAUUUCCCAUCCUGCCUCUGGAGAAUCAAACAACACAAAAACAGCUUUUAAAAAACAAAAACAAAAUUUAUUUAUACAUUAAUGUUGAGGGCUGGUCUAGAGUUGAACAAAGAAAGAAAAGAAAAACAUCAGAAGAAAAGGAAAACAGUCUGUGAUAAAGAAUUAGACAGAAGAGAGAAGACAGGCCUUGAGGAAGGAAAAGGCUACAUGCACACACGCACGCGCACACACACGCACACGCGCGCACACACACACACACACACACACAAGAUGAAGGCGAGGGAAGCUGGGCAGUCAGGGUCAGGGCUCUUGGCUGGUCACCUGCUUCAUGUAGGUUUCCAGCAGGUACUUUUUAAAGGCUGGGGAGAGAAGAUGAGUAAGUAAGCAAUUGGCUCUGGGGUUCCAGGAACAUGCUAGCGAUUUUUAGCAAAAAAGGAGUUAACAUGAAAUCCAAGUUUUAGAAAUGGACGAAUCUGGCCCUGAUCUCCAGUUUCUUCCUUGUUCUAGACUGCUCCUUUCCCCUCUUGUCCAUUUCUAAGGGAGCUGCCUACAGUAAAGGUGUCAUGUCUGUACUCUACCUUUGCCCUAUGAGCUAACCAGACUAAAGUCGGUUUUUGAUCCCAUACACACCAAGCUCCCUCCCCUAAGGUUCUUUUAUUCCAUUUCCUUAAGAGGAUAAACAUUUUUGUUAAAAGCUC